AUGAUUCCAAGAGAUCUAAUUACUGGGUUCCUCCUCCUGUUAGAAACUUUCAUUGGACUCAUGGGUAACUUGCUGCUUUUAAUAUUAUACAUGUACAUCUUCUUAAUUCAGCCUCGUAUGAAGAAGCCCGUAGAUAUGAUCUUCACACAUCUAAUGCUUGUCAAUGUUUUGAGCAUUGUCUUUAGGCUGAUACCAGAUGUCAUGGCCUCCUUUGCAGUCAGGCUCCCUUUCCACGACGUUGCAUGUAAGGCAGUUUUAUAUGCAUACAGUGUUACUAGGGGCCUUUCCAUUUGCACUACUUCUCUACUGAGUUUAUUUCAAGCCAUGACUAUUCGUUCUAACCAUUCCAAGUGGGCAUGGCUUAAAUCCAAGCUUGAGUCAUACAUUUUUCCAUCACUCCUCUUCAUCUGGAUCAUCAACACAUUUAUCUAUUUUCCCAUGGUUCAAAACAUAAAGGGACAAAUCAACUUCACUGUUGUGGCUUCUAGGUAUUCGCAGAUAUACUGCCAAAGUAGCCAGGUUCGCUAUCACUCCACCAUGUCAAUUGUCACUUCACUAAUGAUUAGAGACAUCCUGUUUGUGCUUCUCAUGAUGUGGUCCAGCCUCUACCUGGUGAGUGUCCUGUUCAGACACAACAGGAGAACACGGCAUGUCCACAGUUUCAGUGUCUCCCUCCAUGCAUCUUCUGAAAAGAAAGCCACCCACAGCAUCCUUCUGCUUGUGGGUUUCUUCAUAUUUUUCUAUUGCUCAAAUACUUUUGUCACCUUCUAUUUGUUUUAUAGACCUAAGAACAGCCCACUAUUGGAUAUGAUUACUAGAGUUUUAUCUUCAGCCUACCCAAUCAUCUGCCCUUAUGUUCUGAUGAACAAUAGGAAAAUUAUUUCCAAAUUCAUUUUCUCCCUAUCAAACUCUGAAUGUAUCUUUUCUACAAGAGGAUGCUAUGGCUAA